GUGGGGAGGGAGGAGGGAAAGGGCGAGAAGGGAAGACAGGGGGUUAGCUAUUUCUGUUUGAGAAUCGAUAGCUAGCGUCUGCACAUCGGAAUACCAUCCACACCGCGCACUGCUGCAGACAGGGCGUGCUUCUACUGGCAUCUCAUGUUAGCAACUCUUUCUAAAUACAAACAGCAACGAGCAUUUAUGUUGCCAUCAUUAGCGAACUACAUGGCAUUUUCACAAAUUUAAGCGUUUAGCGUUUCUCAACACAAACGCAUAGAAUGCUUUGCAUUUAACUAAAUGACAUCAUCGCUCUCUCCGCUACCGUGCUAGCUCACACGUGUGGUAGGGAGCCGGCAAAGACGCCCCUCUGUCUCUCGCGCUCUCUCUCCCUCCUCUCCUCCGCCUCGCUCACUCUCACGCACGCUCCGUCCCCCUCAUCCCCAUCCACACCCAAGGAUUCUCCCGAUAUCUGUUCUCUUGCUCUUUCUCGCUCUCUCCACCUCCCCGUGUUUUGGGGAGAAAUUAUGCUUGUCUGAACCAUUUCUUUGUUUAUAGACACUUUGUCGCUGUAUACAUUUAACCCUUUGUGUGCCGGUUACUUUCCCACUACCUGUGGAGGAUCCUGGUGGUCAGCCAGCAUCUCGAGCGUGUCUCGCCCCAGCCGCAGCCACCAUGCUGGGCUUGGAUGUGUGUGAGUUUGGGGGUCAGGUUCUGGAGCUUCUCUGGCUAACCAUGUGCUACCGAGGUCUGAUGGCUGAUAAGGAGGAGAAGCCAGUAGGGGAGGAGGAGGAUGAGACUGAUCUGAACUACAAUCCUCCGGCCCAGAAGUCUCUGCAGGAGAUCCAGGAACUGGACAAGGAUGACGAGAGCCUCAACAAAUACAAGCAGACCCUCCUAGGAGCCGGACCAGUGGUGGCAGAUCCGUCCAUUCCCAAUGUCCAGGUGACACGGCUGACCCUGAUGUGUGACCAAGCCCCCGGACCAAUCACCAUGGACCUCACUGGUGACCUGGAGGCUCUGAAGAAGACAAGUUUCACCAUGAAAGAAGGAGUGGACUACAGAGUCAAGAUCCACUUCAAGGUUAACCGGGACAUCGUGUCUGGGUUGAAAUAUGUCCAUCUGACCUACCUGAAAGGACUUCGAGUUGACAAAGCUGUGUACAUGGUGGGUAGCUACGGUCCGCGGGCUGAGGAACAUGAGUUCAUGACCCCGGUGGAAGAGGCGCCCAAAGGCAUGUUCGUCCGAGGCAGCUACCACAUCAAGUCCCACUUCACCGACGACGACAAAACUGACCACCUCUCCUGGGAGUGGAACCUGGGCAUCAAAAAGGACUGGGACAAAUAGAGCGGGUUUUUCACAUGCCCCAGCCCCCCUUCGCCCCCCCUUCAUCCCACUUCCCCCACCCCUCGCUUUGAAGUCCACCCAUGUAACAGCAAAAGACAGAGACAGAUGUGAAAGUUGUAAACAGGAAGUUAGACACUGCCUUGAAUGAGAUGGUUCAGUUGUCAUAAACCAAACCAGGAAGUGCAAAUUACAGUUGAUCGCUUUACGUGGUGGCUGCAUCCAAACGGCACCCUAUUCCUGUAGUUCUGGUCCAAAGAAGUUCACUAUCUAAGAUAUAGAGUGCCAUUUGAGACCCUGAAAGGAAGAGCUGUAGAUGGGCUUCUACUGUCAAUCUGUGAUGUAAUUGGGUUUAUCAAUGGAAGUUAAUCAUGUAGGACUCACUCAUACAAUGCUCCACAUAUACAAAUAAGAUGUAGCCCAGGGUUGAGGGAUAUUCCCUGUUGUUAUUCUGUAUUCUAGUUUGGGAAUUGUAGUUCAACAAGGUUUCAACCAGCAGCCUUUUGUGAUGUCAUCAGUUUGAUUGACAACAGCGUGUUCCAAUACUUACCAUCCUGACAGUUCUAUAGUUCCAGAAUGACCUAAGUUUUAGUGGUAGAAUGGCAGGCUUCUAAGUUCUAGUUCUUAAUCCAGAAAAGUGCCAUUCUCACUUUCUGUUUUCAUUGAGUCUUUCAAUCAUCUUGCUUUUAGUGGAUUAAUGUGAAGCAUCACGUUUUACAAUUUCAGGAUUUUGAUAUUUUGUAACAAGAUUGUUACUGCCGUAACCUGAACAGACAACUGUUGUUGCUUUUCUCUGACAAGUGAAUUAGAUUUGGUGUUAUCUUUGCAACAAAAAAUGGUAUGCCGCUUGAACGUCAUGUCCCUAUUUUCUUACUUUGCCUUUGCUAAAAGACAGUUUCUCUUCAAAGCAUAAGCAUUCAUGAAUCAACACAUACAAUGUUCCAUUAAACACCUGAACAUUACAUAACCUGUUGUCCGGCUCUGUUGACAAAGAUUUGACUGGGAUAUGUCGUGCAUGUUCUGUAGUAUUUGAUACGGUAUAAAGCCCAUUCUAAGAACAGUGUCUUUGCCUCUCUUGCAUGUUCUGGCCCAAAGCCAUACAGUAGAUACCUUAACAGUACAGUCAUGUUUAUUGAGGGCAAACUUUGAUUAAGAAUCUUUAGUGUUAAUUUUCUACGACAUUAACAUUCCAGUCAGCAGGCUAGUUAGGAUGUUCCUCUGAUGGAGACUUAGGAGAACCUCCCUAAAACACCACGACACCCCUAAAACACCACGACACCCCUAAAACACCAUGACGCAUGGAGAAAUUGACUGGCUGGUUACGAACUCUCCCCCUAAAACACCACGACACCCCUAAAACACCACGACACCCCUAAAACACCAUGACGCAUGGAGAAAUUGACUGACUGGUUACAAACUCUCCCCCCAAAAAACAGUAGAUGACCUGGAAAUGUUGACUGACUGGUUACAAACUCUCCCCCCAAAAAACAGUAGAUGACCUGGAAAUGUUGACUGACUGGUUACAAACUCUCCCCCCAAAAAACAGUAGAUGACCUGGAAAUGUUGACUGACUAGCUAUAAUUAGACAUUCAAAUUUGUAAUUAAUGUACCUAAAGUCUGUCAAUAGCAGAAUGUACUAAGGCGAUUUGAUGGAUACUCUCCAUCCAGAAAACAUCCAACCGUCCUUCCAACCAUUGUGCGAAGUCUUUGGAUGUGAUGUUGUGUUGAUGAUGAACAUGUUGUUGAUGCCAGUUCAAAUGGUUGUGAACCCAGAAAUAACUGUGAUGUUGGCUUGUUGAGUGUUGCAUGGUAUCAGAUUUUUUUUUGUUACUGUAAAAAGUGUGAUUUUUGAAAGAAUACAACACAACGUGUGGAUUGCAGUUGACAGGAUAAUGCAGAUAUUUACAGGGAUUUUUUAAAUUGAAAGCCGCUUGGUCAUUAUUUUAGCGUUACUAUGUUUGACCAGGCUGGUGGAAGGUAACAGGUGAACAUAAGAACUGUGGAGACUUACUUUGGUCAGACACAAACCGCGACCUGUAUUUAGGAAACUAAUGCUGCAACUUGAAGUGUUUUUGCCAAAUGAUCUAUUCAAGCAUUCUGUAUCUUUUAAUAAAGGUGAUCUAAUCAGCC